AUGGGGGAGAAGGACGACUUGAGCAGCGCUGAGAUGGGCGGGGUGCACAACGUCACCCAUACCCAGUCGAAUGUCGCCGGGAGCCUGGUCGAAAACAGCGACCAGCUGCAUCGGGGCAUGAAGAGCCGGCACAUCCAGUUCAUGGCGCUGGGCGGUGCCAUCGGCACGGGUCUUUUCGUCGGUUCUGGUGCGAUUCUGUCGACUCUUGGCCCCUUACCCCUUUGGCUUGGCUACCUCAGUAUGAUGUCAGUGGUGUACUUUGUCAUGAACGACCUGGGCGAGAUUGCGACUUUUCUACCGUUGAAGGGAAUUUCAAUCCCCUAUUUUGUGUCACGAUUUCUAGACCCAUCCCUGGCCUUUGCUGCCGGCUGGAACUACUUCUACGCCUACGGAAUGCUGGUCGCAGCCGAAGCCACUGCUGGCGCCAUCCUUCUGGAUUACUGGAAAACGCUCACACCCGUCUGGAUCACCAUUAUCUUGAUUGUCGUCUUGGUCUUGAACAUCAUUGCUGUCGAAGUUUUUGGUGAGGCCGAGUUCUGGUUCGCCAGCAUUAAGCUGAUCACGAUCAUGGGCCUCAUCAUCCUUGGCAUCGUCCUGAUGUGCGGGGGUGGCCCUAACCACGACGCGGUUGGUUUUCGUUACUGGUAUCCCAAUUCUCCUGGAGCUAUAAACGAAUACAUGGUACCUGGCGCGACCGGCCGAUUCCUGGCGUACUGGAAGGGUUUCAUCAAGGCAGGCUUUGCUUUCAUCACCAGCCCGGAGCUCAUUGCCCUGGCAGCAGGAGAGACUGUUGCGCCGCGCCGCAACAUCCCGAAAGCUGUCAAGCGAUUCAUUUGGCGAUUGGCCUUGUUCUACGGUGUCUCGACUCUUAUUCUCGGCUGCAUUGUCCCUAGCACUGACCCGCGUCUGUUGUCCGGUUCCAGCAAUGCCUCCGCUAGUCCGUGGGUCAUUGCUAUUCAGAAUGCCGGUAUUGGCGGCCUGAACCAUGUUAUCAACUUCGCAAUUCUGACGUCGGCAUGGUCGGCUGGAAAUGCUUUCCUGUAUUCCGGUAGCCGUGUCAUCUACAGUAUGUCCCUUACGGGCCAAGCACCAAAGAUUCUUAGUCGCACAACGUCGAAGGGCACACCUUAUGCUGCCGUACUCGCUACCUGGGCGUUUGGUCUGUUGUCGUACCUGAACGUUAGCAACAGCGGUGCUACAGUCUUCAACUGGUUCAGCAACAUAUCUACCAUCAGCGGUUUCAUUGCCUGGAUUGUUAUUCUGGUUACUUACAUCCGCUUCCGAGCCGCCAUGAACUUCCGAGGACUGCUCCAAAGCUUACCCUUCAGAACGCCACUCCAGCCUUAUGGAACUUACUAUGCUUUGUUUGUUAUAAGCCUCCUGACCAUCACAAAUGGUUUCGAGGUCUUCUUCCCGUCAAAGUGGAGCGUUAACGACUUCUUGGCUGCUUAUAUUACGUUACCCAUAUUCCUCGUUCUCUACCUUGGUCACAAGAUUUGGUUUAGAACUAGAUUUUACAUAAAGAAGGAAGACAUUGAUGUAGACACGGGAGUCAAAGAGAUGGAUGAUCUCGCGGCGAUGGAUGUCCCACCUGUGGCCAAAAACUGGCUAGAAAAGGUGUGGUUCUGGUUAGCCUAG